UGCGCCGUGUGGUUCUCCGCGGAGGGAAGCGCCUGGACACCAUGACUGUGUUCAACCAGGAAAAUGUUGAGGAAUUUUACGAAAUCGGAGACGAGCUGGGCAGUGGCCAGUUUGCUGUGGUCAGACGAUGUCGGCACAGGAACACGGGCGUGGAUUUCGCCGGCAAAUUCAUCAAGAAGCGGCGCAGCAAAUCAAGUCGACGGGGGGUGACGAGGGAGGACAUCGAGCGGGAGGUGACCAUCCUGAAGGAGAUCCAGCACCCGAACAUCAUCACGCUGCACGAGGUCUUCGAGAACAAGGCGGAGGUCAUCCUCAUCCUGGAGCUCGUGGCGGGCGGUGAGCUGUUUGACUUUCUCGCAGAGAAGGAGUCGCUGAGCGAGGAGGAAGCCACUCAGUUCCUCAAGCAGAUCCUGGAAGGAGUCCUCUACCUGCACUCCAAGCAAAUCGCCCACUUUGACCUUAAGCCGGAGAACAUCAUGCUGCUGAACCGCUCGGUGCCUCACCCGCGCAUCAAGGUCAUCGACUUCGGUCUGGCCCACAAGAUCGACCUUGGCAAUGAUUUUAAAAACAUCUUUGGAACUCCAGAAUUUGUAGCACCAGAGGUAGUCAACUAUGAGCCUCUGGGCCUGGAGGCAGACAUGUGGAGCGUUGGAGUGAUAACCUACAUCCUUUUGAGCGGUGCGUCUCCUUUCCUGGGCGACAACAAGCAGGAGACACUGGCCAACGUGUCGGCCGUGGACUACGCCUUCGAGGAGGAGUUCUUCAGCAACACCAGCGCCCUCGCCAAAGACUUCAUAGCAAAGCUCCUCGUCAAAGAUCCCAAAAGGAGAAUGAGCAUUCAGGACAGUUUCCUUCACCCCUGGAUCAAGCCAAAAGAUACUCUGCAAGCACUGAGCAGGAAGGAGUCGGCUGUCAACAUGGAAAAGUUCAAGAAGUUCGCGGCUCGAAGAAAAUGGAAACAAUCCGUCCGACUCAUCUCCUUGUGCAACCGUCUAUCCCGCUCCUUCCUGUCCAGGAGCAACAUGAGUGUGGCGCGCAGUGAGGACACGCUGGAUGAAGAGGACUCCUUCGUGAUGAAGGCCAUCAUCCACGCCAUAAACGACGACAAUGUGCCUGGUCUGCAGCAUCUGCUUGGCUCUCUGAACAGUUAUGACAUCAACCAGCCCAACAAGCACGGGACCCCUCCCCUCCUGAUCGCCGCUGGCUGUGGCAACAUUCAGAUCAUCGAGGUGCUGAUGAGAAAAGGUGCAGAGAUCCAGGCCCACGACAAGAGCGGAGCCAACGCCAUCUACUACGCAGCGAGACACGGCCACGUCGAGACCUUGAGAUUCCUUCAUGAAAAGAAAUGCCCUCUGGAUGUCCAAGAUAAGUCUGGAGAGACAGCUCUUCAUGUGGCGGCUCGCUACGGCAACGUGGACGUGGUGAACUACCUGUGCAGCAUCCGGGCCAACCCAGACCUGUCCGACAGGGAGCAGGAGACCCCGCUGCAUUGCGCUGCCUGGCACGGCUACUCGCCAGUAGCCCGGGCGCUCUGCCAGACCGGCUGCCAUGUGGACGCAAAGAACCGGGAGGGCGAGAGUCCGCUGCUGACGGCGUCUGCUCGGGGCUUCGCAGACAUCGUGGAGUGCCUGGUGGAGCACGGGGCCGAUCUACAAGCAACUGACAAGGACGGCCACACCGCCCUCCACCUGGCCGUACGGAGGUGUCAGGUUGAGGUGGUCCGCUGCCUCCUCAGGCACCACUGCCACCUGGACCAGCAGGAUCGCCAUGGCAACACGCCGCUGCACAUCGCCUGCAAGGACGGAAACCUGCCCAUCGUCAUGGCGAUCUGCAGCGCCAAGGCGAACCUCGACCUCGCCAACAAGUACGGCCGGACGCCGCUCCACCUGGCGGCGAACAACGGCGGCCUGGAGGUCGUCCGUCACCUCUGCCUGUCCGGAGCCAACAUCGACGCCGUCACAAACGAUGGAAAGACAGCGGAGGACUUGGCUUCUACCGAUCAACAUGAACACAUCAUUUCUUUGUUGGGGAAGCUGAAAAAGGACAACCACAAGCUGAGCUACAUCCAGCAGCUGCGGCCCACGCAGACAGUCCAGCCCAGGAUCAAGCUGAAGCUGUUCGGACACUCCGGAGCCGGGAAGAGUUCCCUGCUGGAGUCUCUGAAGUGUGGCAUCCUGCGCAGCUUCUUCAGGAGGAGGAGGACGACACGCAUGAGCAACACGACCCGGCACCCCAACUCCCCCGUCAACUCCAAACCUGCCGUGUCGGUGAGUAUUUCCAACUUGUACCCGGGCUGUGAGAAUGUGAGCGUGCGGAGUCGCAGCAUGAUGUUUGAGCCCAGUCUCACCAAAGGCGUCCUGGAGGUCUUCUCCCCCGUCCACAGCGCCCUGUCCACCGGCGACGACCAGGCCACGAAGGCCAUCGACAUCCAGCACGCCAACAUCCACGGUGUGGGGGAUUUCAGCGUGUGGGAGUUUUCGGGGAACCCGGUUUAUUACUGCUCCUACGACUACUUUGCCGCCAACGACGUCACAGCGAUCCACUUGGUCCUGUUCAGCCUGGAGGAGCCGUACGAGACUCAGCUGAGCCACAUCACCUACUGGCUGAACCUACUGAAGGCGCUCACGCUGCCACAGGACAACAUCGCGUUCGGGGGUCGGAUCCCGCAGCCCCUCAUGGUCGUCCUGGUGGCCACGCACGCCGACCUCGCCGACGUCCCCAGAGCGUUUUCUGGAGACUUCAGCUACGACAAGGAGCGAGCUCUGCUGAAGGAAGUCCGGAACAGAUUUGGGAACGACAUGCAGUUCAGUGACAAGUUGUUUGUGAUGGAUUCUGGAGCCUCGAACUCCAGAGACAUAAAGCUGCUCAGGAGCCACUUACAGGAGCUGCGCACCAACAUCAUAUCGACGUGCAGUCCCAUGACGCUGCUGUCGGAGCGCCUGCUGACCACGCUGCCGUCCUGGAGGAAGCUGAGUGGACCCAACCAGCUGACGUCCUGGCAGCAGUUUGUCAGCGACGUCCAGGAGCACAUCAACCCUCUGGUCAGCCAGGAUCACCUGCGCACACUGGCCCUGCAGCUUCACAGCAUGGGAGAGAUCAACAUCAUGCAGAGUGAGACGGUGCAGGACGUGGUUCUGCUGGAGCCGCGCUGGCUCUGCAGCAAUGUCCUCGGCAAGCUGCUCUCCGUGGAGACGCCCAAGGCCAUCCACCACUACAGGGGGCGCUACAGGCUGGAGGAGGUGCAGGCUCUGGCCCCUGAGAGUGACGUGGACGAGCUGCUGCAGAUUCUAGACGCCAUGGAUGUCUGCGCCCGUGACGCCACCAACCCGUCCAUGGUGGACGUUCCUGCGCUCAUCAAGACAAACGGUCUCCACCGCUCCUGGACCGAAGAGGAGGAAGAAGAGUCUCUGCUCUACGGCGGCGUGCGCCUCGUCCCUGCUGAGCACCUCACGCCCUUCCCCUGCGGCCUGUUCCACAAACUGCAGGUCAACCUGUGUCGCUGGAGCCACCAGCAGAAGCCAGAGGAGGAGGGAAUGGAGGACAUCGCCGGAGACAUCCAUCUCUGGACCAACGGGGCCAAGGUCAGCCAGGGGACGGUGGAGGCCAUGAUCCUGCUGGUCAACCACGGGCAGGGGCUGGAGAUCCAGGUGCGUGGACAUGACUCCGAGCGGGCCAAGUGCUACGCCCUGCUGGACACCAUCUGCAGCAUCACAGAGAACCUGCUGGCCUCCACGCUGCCGGGCCUGCUCACCGCCAAAUACUACCUGAGUCCUCAGCAGCUGCGGGAGCACCACGCCCCCAUCAUGGUCUACCAACCCAAAGAUUUCUUCCGGGCUCAAGUCCAGCGGGAAAACUCUCUGACCAACACGAUGGGAGGUUACCGGGAGAGCUUCAGCAGCAUCCUGGUGUUCGGUUGUGCUGAGGUUUACCAGCAGGGGAUUCUGGGAACUGACAUCCACAUAUCAGACGUCCCCCUGCUGGCUCGCAGGAAGCUCUGCCGCAUGCUGGACCCUCCGGACGCGCUGGGGAAAGACUGGUGCCUGCUCGCCAUGAACCUGGGCCUCACGGACCUGGUGGCCAAACACAGCAGCGGGACUCCAAACGGCGACCCCGAGCUGGAGCCCGACUCCCAGCAGGCCGUGCUGCAGCCCAGCCCCACGGCGGCGCUGCUGCAGGAGUGGAGCGGGCGAGCGGACAGCACGGUCGGCGUGCUGAUGGCCAAACUGAGGGAGCUCGGCCGUCGGGACGCCGCCGACUUCCUGCUCAAAGCUUCCCCCGUCUUCAGGGUCAACAUGGAGGCAGUCGUCAACGGCUACCCCCCCACCUGCAACGGAGGCAUGUCGUACAACUCCAUCAGCUCCGUCGUGUCCCGCUGAACUGAUCAGGGUCGACUCUCUGUCCUCGCCAGACGAGACGGUUUGUCCCCUGAGACUUUUCCCCCUGAACAGACUCCUGUGUGUGUGCGUGUGUGUGUGAAAAUAAACAAGUGCAAUCGUUACCCGAGUGGAGCAGCUCGCUCUUCAAUCACUCCCAUCACGUCGGGGCCAGAUGUUGUGUUUGUGCUCUCCACAUCUGUACAGACGAACUCUCCUUCCACUAUGAAUGUUGUGAAAACCUGAACGUCCUGAGCUCCAAAGAGGAAUCUGUGCUUUUAUUCUGUUCUUAUUCUCGUCGUGCUGCUUUUUAAAAUCCCUCCUCCUCCUCUCUCUCCUCACAGCGAAAGUUCAACUCUCAUAACAGACAGGACAAGAUGGCGGUCCCAUGUUCGGACCUUUCUCAUGUUCAGGACUGUAUGAAAUCAGUGUCGACUCGGAGGCUGGGGUCUUUCCUCCCUCGAGCCUUCACCUCUCUCCCGUUUAAUACGUGAAGAGCAUUUCUGCGAGUGCCUUUGAGGCCUUCUACCUCCCUACAGAGCACAAAGUCGUCCCAGCAGUGGUUCGGUCCAAACAUUUGAACAACUGUGCCUUGUUGACACUGAUCGAAACUCGACUUCGAGGAAAAAGAAAUGAAAAGCUUGUCUCGUUUUACGAAGUUCUGAAAUUUGAAUUUCCCAAACGCGACUGAAAUCAGAUCCUCGUCUCUGCUGAGUUCUGUUUGAUGACUCUAAUGUUGUCAAGUUGUCGGGAGAAGUUUGAUCUCAGAUUGAAUUCAGUGAGGAGUUGAUGUGACGCUGUGAGUCAAAGGGAAACUGGUGUGUUGUUGGGUUUUUACAGCCCUGCAUAUUGUAAAAGUAUUAUCCAUCCAACAACAAAACUCUAUGUUCUGGAUUCAUUUGAUGACGUUUAAUCUCAUAGGUUUUGUUGAAGGAUUCCUGGAAAGAAAAUAACAGGAACAGAAAGUGUCUUAAACUGUCUGAUGUAGUCUGAGCAGUUUAUUAUUGAAUUUCCAUGAAGGUAAUUUGCUCCGGGGAAACGAACUUUUGUGAAACCAAAGCUCUGCACCGAGGAAUAGAAGACAGUUGUGUUACAGAUUAUUUUAAUCACUUAAGAUUCAGUUUCUGGUGUUGGUCAAAGCUUUCUUAUCUGACGACAGGUUUGAAAGAAUAAAACAAUUAUCUGCUUUCCAUCGAUUUCCAGAAGGAGAAAGACGGAAAUUAAAUUUGAGCUUGAACAAGUUAAAACUCUGUGUAGUGAUUGAACACGUCCACAUUUUCCAGGAAUCUUUAUCAGAAUUACUCAGCUGCACAUCUUAAGAAACGAUGGGACCUGUAAGUGAAAGUGUUUCUCUGCUGUUCAGCCUCACAAAUGGAACUGGAGCCAUGUUUUUCCUCGACCACUGAAGACUCGCCCCUCCCUGAGUCGUGAGUCGUGUGUUUACUGAGCGUGAACGUGGCCGACAGAGAGAAGCGCAGCACUGACACUGUUCAGCUUCAAGGUCCAAAUCAAAACUGAAGUAAACAACCCGAAGAGGGGACAUUUUGUAAUUUGGUCGAUUUCUAAACUUUUGUAACGAGCAAAAAGCAACACGUUUUCUACACGUGUGACGGACGCCAACAGUCACAGAGUCCGAGUCACCAACGCCGCUUGUGUCUGAGCGUCGGUGUCUCGGUCGGUUUCGCUCGGUUUCACGUUUUCUUUCACUUCUCGUGACACAAAGCUGCAGCUCAGCGGAAUCAUUCAAUAUAAACGAAGCUGAAUAGAAAAGGCCAAAGGCUGCAGAUGAUAGAAGAACAUGUUCACCUUGUGGAAGCUGGUGUUUUAAAAUGUUUGCGUCAACAAAACCUGGACCAGAAAAAAUUCUCUUUUGUGUUUUAAUGUUGAGAAAAAGACAGUUUCAUUCUCAUAACGUUGGUGUAAAGAACCUUUUUCUAGACGCUGUGUCCCAGUCUGGUAGAAAACCAGCGGCUCUGUGCAGUAUUUCCUGUUUCUCUGUCUUUUCUUCCUCCAGCGUCUCCAGCUGCUCAGAGAUGAGACUUGACAGACAAUUUCCAAUCCUCUCUCUCUCUGUCCAUCUCAGCUUGAACUUGCCAAUCGACACAGCGAACCUCGAGCUGUGGUGUAAAUACUCGAGUGUCCUUCACUUCAUCCUCUUGUUUGUUAUUUCACCUCCUUCGGCUUCGCCCGAUACGUCGAUUGCAACGAGGCUAAAUGAAUGUACAACACAUUUCUCCUAAAAACAAUAGAACUCCUGCUUGUGUAUAAAACAUGACAAAGUGAAAUGUCCCAAACUGCUCGUGAACAUUGUUUUAUUUUGUUCUUGUUUUACUGAAGUUGCCAACGUCGUGUGCCUGAACAACACACUUCUUCAUUCCUCUGUUGUUGCCUUGUAAACACCGAGAGGUGAUGUUUGAGAAAGGGAAGUGAACAUGAAGUUUUUCCUCCCAGAGAAAGAGACUCUCUGUGCUGAGAGCUGAGAAUCACCUCGAUAUUGUCACGUUUGUUUUUUUCCACAUGGUUCCGGCUGCGAGUGCAACUGGAACAAAGAGGUUUUCUGAAAAACACGGUUCUGUGAGUUCCUGUCGAACGAGGAAACUCGACUUCACCUCUGAGCGACGCUCGGUCCAAUCGCCACAUUGCACAAGUCUUAUUGUCGCUAUUUAUGUUACGUUCUUUAAGCAUGUCUUGGAAUGCCAUGUUCUUAGUACUUCUGACACUUUAUAGUGUAAUACAUUUUAUAAUAAAUUCUUUACUUAA